AUGGCUGCUGCAGUACCCUCUCGGCAGCAGGGGCCCCCCUACGGCGGGGAGGCCCCCGAGGGGCCCCCCGGUGUACCCUAUUUUGUGGCAGCAGCAGGGGCCCCCCUGGGGGAGGACGGCGGGCCGCUGCUGCGGGGGGCCCCCGCGCUGCCGCAGCAGCAGCAGCAGCAGCAGCAGCAGCAGCAGCAGCAGCAGCAGCAAGACCUGCAUGCAGUGGGGACUGUGCUGGUGCAGCAAGUGGCCAAGGCCCACGGCUUUGAGGAGACAGUCAAAAGGGGGGAGGGCCCCACACUUUCUGAAGGGGCUGCGAGGCUUAUCUAUGCAGCAGUUGAGGGCAGGCUCUUACAGCUGCUGUCGCUGGCCCUGAAGCUGUGCCGCCGCAGCGCGCGAGUGGCGGGGGGAGGGGUUUUGUGUGUCUCGGACGUGAAGGAGGCGAUGCGGAUUCUGAACUUCAAGUGCUCGUUGGGCCGCUGCUGCUGCUGCUGCUGUUGGUUUCCCGUCGCUGUGCCGCUGCGUCUGCUGCCGCACAGCAGCGCCCGCUCGCGCCUUAGCCGCACCCACAGCAGCAGCAGCAGCAGCAGCAGCAGCAGCAGCAGCAGCAGCAGCAGCAGCAGCAGCAGCAGCAACGUGAAGUGGGAACAGUGCGUAGACCUGGAAGCAAUGGUCUACCAAGAUUUGCUGCUGCCCGCCCCACAACCCCCCACUCUGGGGGUCCACUGGUUAGCUGUAGAAGGUGCUGCUCCUGCAGUGCCGCAGAACGAGCCGCCUCCGUGGGCCUUGCUUGCUGCUGCUGCUGCUGCUGCAGCGGGAGACGCAGCAGCAGCAGCAGCAGCAGCAGCAGGGCCCGACGGCAAGGGCCUCGGGGCUGCUGCGGCUGCAGCAGCAGCAGCGCCGCCGCCACUCGCUGCAACUCAGGAACCCAGCAGCGGCUACGCGCUGCGGCUCUACAGCAAGCGGCAGCAGCAGCAGCAGCAGCAGCAGCAGCGGCCGCAGCAGCAGCAGCAGCAGCAGCAGCAGCAGGAAGACGAGGACGAUGGGGGUGCGGAGCUCCUGCCGGUGGAGGAGCUGCUGGUGGCGCCCAAAGUCAACUGCGUACUUGGAAAGGAACAGCAGCUCUUUUUGGCCUCCAUUAAUGAGGCACUAGAGGCAGCAAUGAAGGAGAGCGUGCAUCAAUUCGCGCUGCCUCUAAUGGACUGUCUGCUCGCGCCGCUGCCGCAGCCGUCGUCUGCUGCAGCAGGUGCAGCAGCAGCAAGCGGGGGCGCGGGGGCCGCAGCAGCAGCAGAGGCAGCAGCAGCACCAGCAGCAGCAGCAGCAGCAGCAGCAGGAGAGGGGCUGUGCAUGGCGUUCACGCCGCAGCAGCUGCGGCUGCGGCGAAAAGCAGCAGCAGUUCUUGCUGCUCUCUUCGUGCGGGCCAGGCAGCAGCGGGAAGCCUUAGAUGCUGUUGAAGAAGCUGCUGCGCUGCAGCUGCUGCGCAGUUUGCUGCACCCCAGCAGCAGCAUUGAAACAGCUUUGGGAGCAGCAAUUGGCAUCCGGGCUCUUGGCCGCAAGGCCGUGCUGCUGCUGCUGCUGCCGCAUGCGUCUUUGCUGCUGCAUGCGCUCGAGCGCGGCCAGGAGCUCGCGGAGAACCAGCGGCUAGCGAUAUCUGCGAAGCUCGUGCAGAGCCACUCAGAUGCGGCCAAAAGCAGUUUGCUGCUGCUGCAGCAGCAAGUUCUUGACCACAGGGAGUUGCUAACGCGUUUGCUGCAAGACGAGCUCCUGGACGCCGCCUUCACCGAGCUGUCUGAGCAGCUCCUUGAAAAAGAACUUCAUGACUCAGACGGGCCGGAAGCUGCGCUGGGCCACAUCUUCGCAGUUCUUGAGGAUGCUGAGGAAGGCCUCAAAGAUUCUUUUAUUCCAAUUGUUGCUGCAGCACUGCGCAGAGCAGCAGCAGCAGCAGCAGCUGCUGCUGCUGUGCGCGAAGCGUCGGCGCGCUGCGCUCUGCUGACGCACGGGGAGCGGCAGCGGAUCCGACAGCAGCAGCAGGGCUUCAAGCAGCAGCAGCAGCAGCAGCAGCAGCAGCAGCAGCAGCAGCAGCAGGAGCUGCGGAGGCAAAAGGAGGUUAAAGCCUUUGUAGAAAAAAUAGUGGCGCUGCUCACCAAAAUGAAGCAGCAGGCGCAGCUGCAGCAGGAACACGAUCAGCAGCACCAGCUGUUCACGCAGCAGCAGCAGCAGCAGCAGCAGCAGCAGCAGCAGCAGCAGCAGCAGCAGGCCUCCUUCUCUUCACUAGGGGACAUAUCGCGGUGCAUGGGCAGCGCCUUGCUGGAGAUGGUUGUCUAA